AUGCCCAAGAUUCGGCCAGGCAUGCGGCGGCCACCGCCAGGUUUUGAACUGAUCAACGAUAAACUUGACGAGUACGAGGCAGAGAUGCGGCUUGUGCUGACUGAUGAUCCGCAGCAGGCUCAGCUCCCCGCCUGUGGCCGCAGCGUGAAGGGCAGAAGUGCUGCAGCUGGCAGCACGGAGAAGAAUGCCGGGGACGGUAGCGGCACGAAGGAGGCUGAAGCGGUGGAUUUGGAGAAGCCGGUCCCACCGCUUUGGCGUGUUGCCCGCAUCAACCGCGAGCGGACACGCUAUGUGUUCAAUGCGUGUUAUCGCGAGAAGUCAAUAUCGAGCGAGGUUCUUACUUACUGUUGUGAGAUGAAUUUUAUUGACGCAGGGCUUGUGCGGCGGUGGCAGCUGCCAGGGUAUGAGCGACUAUGUUGCACCGCGUGCUGCGUCCCCGGCACGGCGAGUGCCUCUGCGCGCAUGGUGAGCAAACACACAAACCGCAACAAGCCGGGCAGGCGUGAAGGCAAUAGUGGAGAGGAGCGUGCGGAGGGCACGUGCAUUUGCCGCGUCCCGGUGGAGCAGCGCCGGAGGAAGCGGCUGGAAGGGUGCACAGUGUGCGGCUGCACGGGCUGUGGGUCCGGCGCGAAGAGAAAGCGGGAUCCAUUGGAGGAAGCAAGCGAGGCUGCACCAUCCAACGUGGCCAGACGCGGUAAUAGUGCGUCAGAGCAAUAA